UAGGUAUAGAAAAAGGGAUUGUCGAACCCAACCCAAUUAUAAAACCCUAAAAUCAAAAAUCACUCUAUCUUUGUGGUCUUCAUUGCAAGCAUUACUGCCGUAAACCUCUUCUCGCCGUCGUUCCUCUGCCACUAUCACCGUUGUGCGCUCAGUUUUGUGAGGCAGAUCUCGUUAGUCAUUCUCAGUUGACUCAGUUUUUGUCGAAAGAAGGAAAGCACGAAAAAAGAUGGAGGAUUGGGAGGAUGAGUCAGCCACACUCGUUAUAAAAAAGGAGCCUAAAAGCAUGUGGGAUGAUGAAGAUGUUGAUGAAAAUGAUAUAAAAGACUCAUGGGAGGAUGAAGACGAACCUGCUCCGCCACCAGUUGUAACACCACCUCCUUCUGAGAAGGCCCCGAAGAAGUCCACAGCCAAACCAUUAAAAGAAAAAGGGAAGGCCGUUGAAGUAGUAAAAGAGGAGCCCUUAGAUCCCGUGGCAGAGAAGUUCAGACAACAAAGGCUUGUUGAAGAAGCUGAUUACAAGAAUACAGCUGAACUUUUUGCCAGCAAGAAGGGUGAUGACAAGACCAUUGAUAAUUUUAUCCCGAAAUCAGAGAGUGACUUUUUAGAAUAUGCAGAACUCAUUUCUAGUAAACUCCGGCCAUUCGAGAAAAGCUAUCAUUACAUUGGACUGCUCAAGAAUGUAAUGAGAUUGUCAAUGACUUCCCUAAAAGCUGCUGAUGCAAAAGAAGUUGCUUCUUCUGUAACUGCCAUUGCAAAUGAAAAGUUAAAAGCAGAGAAAGAAGCUGCAGCCGGCAAAAAGAAAACAGGGGGUAAGAAGAAACAACUGCUCAUGGAUAAGCCUGAUGAUGAUUCUGUUGUAAAUGCUGGCUAUGAUGGAUAUGAUGAGUUUGAUUUCAUGUGAUAACAACGGCAUGUUGUCACCCUUACCCUUUUGGUUGCUUCCUAAAUCGGGAUCCUGUAAUUACAGCUUGACGAGCCGGGGAAUCCUUGUCUUUGAGAAAUUUAAACACUUGUUUUCUCUGGUUUAGUAUUGGCUGGAUGAGUGUUCGUUUUGCAUUCCCUUUACUUAGCAUAUAAAACUUGGAAACUGCAUAUACCUUCACCUUGCGGAUUACACCCAUGAUAGGAUAUAUAGUGUUUUGGUGACAGGUCGGUAAAAAGAUGCAGGAUUGUAUUCUAGAUCUAUCUUCUGUUUGUGGUGCUUGUGUUUAACUUGUCCGACUUGAAAGUGUUUGUUCAUUUUGCCAAUUACCAUUUUGCUA